AAACUGACCAAGACAAGAUGAAAGCGACUUUGAUCGAAAUCACCACACGAGAGAAUCUGCGCAGAGCUCAGGCUCAGUGCUCUCGCCAUGUCAGUGCCAUCUACUUUCCAUUCUCAAUUCAUACUCAGCUGGAAGAUAGCUUCCCGGAGAGUCCAGUACGAGUUUUUGUCUAUCCAAACAUCUCCCAUCCGAAAAUGUUCUUCAUGUUCAAAGACAACGAGUUCAUCAAGCCAACGCUGGCGCUGGCUCAAGUUUCGGGAACAAGCAUGAACCGCCUUGAGCUCAUCGACCUAAUCAAUGAAUUCCGAACACGUGUAUUCGGCGCCAAGCGUCAACCUCAUCUUGUGAUUGCCGAGGAACACCUCAUUAAAAUGUACGGAGUCGCCAUGCGCCUUUCUUCCAGCGACUGGACUAAUAAUGAUCUCAGACUCUCUUUGUUCUACAUGACAGAGUCUCAGAAAAAGCUUGCCAUGACCACACCAUUGCCUAAUGUGCCACAUGGGUAUUAUUACGACGAGAUUGAGCCAACCGAGGAAGCUGAAAUUGUUAACAACACAUGGAAGCAUGCAGGUGCUGGCGAUCUUGAGCAAACAAUGGCCAAAUUGCUUCGAUUACCUUCAUCAUGCGUCCGUUUCAACGGGAAGCCGGUUGCAUUUGAAAUGAUCGACCCGGCUGGAUUCUUCAACAACCAAUAUGUUUUCGAGGAUCAUCGCCGCAAGGGACUCGGAAAUGCAGUUGAGAUGGAUCUUAUUCACAAAACUUUAAGCAUCGGGUUUUCACCAUUCAAAACGGUUGCCAAGGACAACAAAAUUGUCUUGGACGCUUCAAUUGCCAACAAACUGUGGACAAUGUGGAGCGACGAGGAUGGAAAUGCAAAGACCAUCGUUUUCCAGACUUGGCGUUGUGACUAACAACCACAUUAGUAUUUCCACAUUUAUUUUUCCAUCAUAUUGAUGGUCCGAAUUUACCAUAUUGGUAUACAAUUAUUGUUUUUUUCAUGUGUAGAUCUUCUAUCUAGGGCAUACCCUCUCACCCACCCAUCCCAUAUUUGUACCUUCAUUCCAACCCGAUUACUUUAACAAUACUUAAAACUAUUUUAAUAACUAUAAUAAUAAUAAAUCGAGCUAACUUUUUUUUGCUUAAAAAAGUUAGUUUUUCCUUUAAAUCUAAACACAUUCUUGUUUUUUUUCUUCAUUUGUUAGUUGAGCCACCCUCUCUCUUUUUCCACAUGUUUGAGCUUUUAUUUCUAUUUCUAUUUCUCCUUCUUUUCUUGUAAUUAAACUUUCCAAGUUAGAAAUCAGAACUGCUGAUAGAAAAGAUAAUAGAAAGAGAAAUACGAAAAAAUAAAAAUGCACGUUCUGAA